UUCUGGUGGGAGAUGUUCUGAAAGUUGAUUUCAAUCCGGAUUUAAUCUGCUAAACUGCGUCAGGAAGAUUCUGGAUUCAGAACCUCGGCCCGGUCUGCUGGGAGAUCAGAGGUUCUGGAGGGUUCCGGUCCAGAACCAGUCAGGGUUCCUGCUGAGUUCCUGCUCAUCUAAACAGUACUUUAAGAUGGUUCUGGUUCCUCCAUUUGAGCAUUCUCAGACUGAGAAUGUUUGGAUCCAGGUUCUGCUGGUUCUGGUUGCAUUGUGUUGCUGUGCAGGCAGCAGCGACUCGGGUCAGAACCGGUCCGUCCGGUUCCAGAGGCGGGACGGGAAUGUUUGAGUUGGAGGGCGGGUCCAGCAGGAUGUCCUGGACCGCUGAGCCUGCUGGAGCAACCGGGCCAAACCAGAACCAACCGGGCCAAACCAGAACCUAGGCUCCAAACCGCCGGCUUCCCCCUGGAGGACCAACAGAACAGAACCAGCUGAUGGACACUGAGAGCGGAGCGGUUCUGCCUGGAUCCGGGCCGGCGACCCACUGGCCCCGUUCGAUCGGCUUCAGCGGCCCCAGAGAGCCCCUGGAGGACUGGGUGGUGGACCCCGGCUGUAAUCCUGCUGAUGCUUCUGGACCAGGUGGUUCGGGGUCCGGCGCCCUCGGCUCAUCCGUCCUUACUUACUGUCAGGUGACCUUGGACGACAGCGAAUCGGAGGACAUCCUACAGGCCGUCGACCCCAACGAAGUGUUCGGAACCGGUACCGGGCCCGCCGACACGUCGUCGGAGAGCGACAGCGGCAUCUCGGAGGAGACCCCUGUUGCCAUGGUGACAGCAGUAACCACGGCGACCAGCCAGCCAGCCCCGGCAGCAGUCUACCAAGUGGUCUAUGACAUCAGCUCUGUGGGCGGAGCCAAACCUGAGGCCGGUCAGGAGAACAUCAUCUCCAUCGAGCUCGAUGAGUGGAGUUCCCAGCUGCUGUUUUCGGACUCCUGCAUCAUCAGCGACUUGCACGCGGCUUCGUCUUCAUCAUCAUCCUCUCCAUCUGAUGGCGGCCGGAGCUCCGCCCCUCUCUCAGGUAGAGACCAGGCGCUGCUGUUCCCUGACCUGCGGCUGACGGAGGAGGAGCAGAAGCUGCUGACAGAGGAGGGCGUGUCCCUGCCCAGCAACCUUCCACUCACUAAGGCCGAAGAGCGGAUCCUGAAGAAAGUCCGCAGAAAGAUCCGGAACAAGCAGUCGGCUCAGGACAGCCGCAAGAGGAGGAAGGAGUACAUCCACGGCCUGGAGAGCAGGGCAGCGGCGUGCUCAGCUCAGAACCAGGAGCUGCAGCGAACCGUGGAGCAGCUGGAGAAACACAACGUGUCCCUCCUGGCUCAGCUGCAGCAGCUCCGCUCCCUCAUCAAGCAGACGGCCAGUAAAGGAGCGCAAACCAGCACCUGCUUACUGAUCCUACUAGUGUCCCUCAGCCUGAUCGUCCUGCCCAGCUUCAGCCCGUUCAGCCGCCGCCAGUCAGCCGACGACGACUACAGAACCGCCGCAGUUGUAUCCAGAAACAUCCUGACGGAUCCAAACUUCUCCAACCCGGCAGACGACGGUGCCGGUUCCGCUGCACGUUCGGACUCAUCUGUGCCUCCUGAGCUCAGCCAAUCAGGCCCUGCAGGGGCACUGCUGGAGCCAAUAGGAACCCUGGAGAGCUUAGCUAGCGCUGACAGCAGCCAAUCACAGAACGGGACGGCUGCUGUUGCCGGGCAGACUGGCCGUGAGCCUGGGAAACCCGAACACGCUGAUGAGAUGUAACCAGAACCUCCAGCAGGGGCCGCCAGACUGACGCUGAGCAGCUGGAGGACUGGUUCUGUUGGAUCAGAACCAGAACACUGAGGUUCUGGAGUGCUACCCUGACCGGAAUCAGGUUUUAAAGUGGAUCCAGCAACCGGACAGGACUUCACCGAGACUGUUUCUCUCUCUCUCUGUUGGACCAGACCUGGGACCGGAACCGACCAGUUUUAUGUUCAUCUUGUGGAGAAACACUGAUGUUCUGUCCUGGGAUGUUUCUGGGUCGGUUUGUGGGUUCUGGUUGUUCAGUAAAUCAUGUGAUGCUGCAAACAGGUUCUGAUUCUGCUCCUUUGACGCAACCAUAGUAACAAUAAUACCUUAGCAGAAAAGAUUCCUGUUAUUUCCGGUUUCAACGCGUCCAUCUGCUCAGUCUCAUCAGCUACAUGAAAUCUUGACUAAAAAUUAAAUUUCAACAUUUUUCAUCCUGCAGUGUAAUUAAUAUGCACAAUGUACCCAAAAUCAGAAAUAACUGAAUUUUUAUCACCUUGUUUAUGCUAAUGUAUCAUAUCUAGAAGAAUAAGUCAUCCUAAAUAUAUUUCUAUUACUUGUAUAUUUCUAUCAUUUUAGGUUCCAUUUCCGCCCUUACGCAAAGUCCGCAUUUUACGGACUUUGGCGAAGUGUAUUACCCACAAUUCAUUGCUGCAUGUGACUUGUGUUAAAAGGCGGAUUUAUGGUAACGUUUUGUUGUUUUUUAUAGACAAAAGAAAAUAUCAUGACAAGGCACAUUAGUAAUUAGUUUGAUAUGAUAAACUGAGCAGAAAAAGAAGAAAUUUUUAAAAAAUCACAAACUGAGGAAAGUAAAACAAAUGUCAAAUUUCAAAUCUUAAAUUAAGAUAUUAACAUAUUGAAAUAAAGAUUGUAAAUAAUAAAAUCAUUUCACUUUAAAAGUGGAGGUGAUUUUUAGAAAGCAGUAUUUGAGAAUAAAACUUAGGAUUAAAUAUAUCAUAAUUUAACUCUUCAUCCCUGUUAGAAGACCAAAGUUUAUUAUAUUAAAACUAAAGACGGAAUAGAUUUAUUGUACAACAUCCACUUUUGAAAACUUUCUAAAAACUUCAAUGAAGUCGCAAUUUAUCCUGAUUUUUAAACAAAUGUUUUCUUCUCAGACUAGAGGAGGAAACUGAUGUCGGAGCUCCUGAUUAAUUUAUUGGUACAUUUUUGGUUCAUAAAGUCACAACAUUCAUAAUUUCUUUUAAAAAGGACAUUUUAGUUCCAUUAGUCUUUUUAUUUUUCAAAUGUAGCAUCAGGCAUUUAAUUAUUUUUUAUACAUGCCGUAUGUUUGUCCUUAACUUGAUCUUUAUUAUUUCCACUUUAUACCAAACUGUUAGCUGCAUAAAACAGAUGGUUUUAUGGGUAAAAAUACUGUCUCUAUUAGUCAAAUGGCAGACUCAUAAUUAAAUAUUAAUAUAUUUUAAUGUGUAAUAUCUUGGAAAUAUGGCAAAGUUCACAGAGCGAGCUGU